AUGUUAAAUGUGAUGUUAAAUAUAAUGUUAAAUGUCAUGUUAAAUGUCAUGUUAAAUGUCAUGUUAAAUGUCAUGUUAAAUGUCAUGUUAAAUGUCAUGUUAAAUGUCAUGUUAAAUGUCAUGUUAAAUGACAUGUUAAAUGUCAUGUUAUAUGUCAUGUUAAAUGACAUGUUAAAUGACAUGUUAAAUGUCAUGUUAAAUGUCAUGUUAAAUGUCAUGUUAAAUGUCAUGUUAAAUGACAUGUUAAAUGUCAUGUUAUAUGUCAUGUUAAAUGUCAUGUUAAAUGUCAUGUUAAAUGUCAUGUUAAAUGUCAUGUUAAAUGUCAUGUUAAAUGUCAUGUUAAAUGUCAUGUUAAAUGUCAUGUUAAAUGUCAUGUUAAAUGUCAUGUUAAAUGUCAUGUUAAAUGUCAUGUUAAAUGUCAUGUUAAAUGUCAUGUUAAAUGUCAUGUUAAAUGUCAUGUUAAAUGUCAUGUUAAAUGUCAUGUUAAAUGUCAUGUUAAAUGUCAUGUUAAAUGUCAUGUUAAAUGUCAUGUUAAAUGUCAUGUUAAAUGUCAUGUUAAAUGUCAUGUUAAUUGUCACAUUAAAUGUCAACAAUCGUUGUUCCUUCUACUCAUGUAUUUGA